AACAGCGAACUCCUCUUCUUCUCUCUCUCCUCAGCAUCAAAUCCAUGGGUUUCAUCUCCAUCCUCUCUCGCUUCUCCUCUUCCUCUUCUCCUCCCAGCAAUCGCUUCCUCUUCUCAACUCUCCGCGCCUCUUCCUCUUGCUUCAACUCACUCCCCUCCCAACUUCCCAAACCCGACCCGGUUCCUCCUCCCCGUACCCGAACCCGAAUCCUCUCCCUCCUCUCCCUCGCCGCCGCCGGCGCCGUCGGAGGAUAUCUCCUCUCCGCAACCUGCGACCCCGCCGUUCAUCACCGCAUAGGAGGUAAGGAUAGCACUGAGAUUCUGGUUCAAGGUACGCACAAGGAGGUUCCGAGAGAGUUCAUUGAUGAGCUGAGAGCUAUUUGUGGAGAAAACAUGACUUUGGACAUUGAGGAGAGAUACUUCCACGGAAAGCCACAGAAUAGUUUUCACAAAGCUGUGAAUGUUCCUGAUGCUGUAGUCUAUCCUAGAUCAGGAGAUGAUGUGCACAAGAUAGUAUUGUCUUGUAACAAAUAUAAGAUUCCAAUUGUACCAUAUGGCGGAGCUACAUCAAUUGAGGGGCACACCUUAGCUCCAAAUGGAGGUGUAUGUAUAGAUAUGACACUGAUGAAUAAAAUUAAGUCAUUGCAUGUUGAGGACAUGGAUGUGGUUGUUGAGCCUGGGAUUGGUUGGAUUGAACUCAAUGAGUAUCUCAAGCCAUAUGGUCUUUUCUUUCCUCUUGACCCAGGACCCGGUGCUACUAUUGGAGGCAUGUGUGCUACACGUUGCUCUGGCUCAUUAGCUGUGAGGUAUGGAGCAAAAAAUGUUUCACUUUUUCUUUCUGAAGUUUUUUAA